GCACACUCUGCGCAUCGCCAGCUGCCAGCUCAUUCACUUCAUUCACGUCUUUCAUCUUGAAAGAAUUUGAGUCAUGGGGCGAGUAAUUCGUGCCCAGCGUAAGGGAGCGGGGUCGGUUUUCCGCGCCCACACCAAGAAAAGGAAAGGGGCACCGAAACUUCGCUCUCUUGAUUUCUCCGAGAGACAUGGAUACAUCAAGGGUGUAGUCAAGGACAUCAUCCACGACCCUGGCAGGGGAGCUCCGUUGGCCGUUGUACAUUUCCGGGAUCCUUACAAAUUCAAAACCCGCAAGGAACUCUUUAUUGCUCCCGAGGGAAUGUACACUGGACAGUUUAUAUACUGUGGCAAGAAAGCGAAUCUUCAGAUCGGAAAUGUGAUGCCCGUUGGACAGAUGCCCGAAGGAGCGAUUGUCUGUAAUUUGGAAGAAAAAACUGGCGAUCGCGGUCGAUUGGCUCGCACCUCGGGCAAUUAUGCCACCGUCAUUUCACACAAUCCCGAUACGAAAAAGAGCAGAGUAAAGUUGCCAUCCGGAGCCAAGAAGGUCAUUCCCUCGAACAACCGAGCUAUGGUUGGUAUUGUCGCAGGCGGUGGUCGUAUCGACAAACCAAUCUUGAAGGCUGGUCGCGCCUACCACAAAUACAGGGUCAAGAGGAACUGCUGGCCAAAGGUUCGUGGUGUUGCUAUGAACCCUGUGGAGCAUCCCCAUGGUGGUGGUAAUCACCAGCAUAUUGGUAAGGCUUCGACAGUGACGCGUGGAGCCAGUGCUGGACGUAAGAUCGGUCUCAUUGCUGCCCGUCGUACGGGUAGAAUCAGAGGAGGCAAGACCGAGACCAAGAAGGACGAUUAGAAUCUUAGAUUCUCCUUUUUCUUCUGGUUUCUGUUAUUUAUUAUUAUUUACAUAAAUAAAAAAAGGAAAAUUCCGACAA